GUGGAGUUCCAAGGAAAUUUGCUUUCGUGCUUCUGGAUUUAAAAUCAUGUCUGUUCACAUUGUAGCCUUUGGGAAUGAAAGAGAUGGAUUUUCCGAGGAUGAUCAGCAGAAGAGUUUGAUCUGGACUUAUCUUGGGAGAAGUGCUUUAGUUUCAGAGACUGACAGUAAUUUGUUAUUAAACUCUGCCAGUUACCUUAGAAAUCCUGCAUUCACCGAGUAUCAAGCUUGUGUGUUUGGAAAUGUCAGAUUGGUGAUACAUGACUGUCCUCUCUGGGAUAUUUUUGAAAGUGACUGGUACACAUCUCGGAACCUCAUUGGAGAAGCAGAUAUCAUUGUGAUUAAAUAUUCUGUAAAUGACAAGUCUUCAUUUCAAGAAGUAAAAGAUAUUUAUGCACCACUGAUAAAGAAAACACUUAGUCACUGUUCAGUUCCAGUUAUAAUUUCUGCUGUUGGUGCAAGACAAAACGAAGUCCCCUGCACUUGUCCUUUGUGUAUCUCAGACAGAGGUAGCUGUGUAACAGCUUCUGAAGGAAUUCAGCUUGCUAAAGAAUUAGGAGCCACUUACUUGGAACUGCAUAGCCUCAAUGAUUUUUACAUAGGAAAAUAUUUUGGUGGGGUGCUGGAAUAUUUUAUGAUACAAAGCUUGAAUCAGAAAUCAUCUGAAAAAAUGAAGAAAAGGAAGAAAAGCCAUAAAUGUCAUGGAGUUAAGCCACCUCAGCUUGAUCAGCCAGAAAAAAUGCCUAUCUUAAAAGGCGAAACUUCACAUUAUGACUCUGAUUUACAUAACUUGUUGUUCUGCUGCCAGUGUGUUGAUGUGAUAUUUUACUCUGAAGACUUGAAGGAGGUAGCAAAAGCACACAGGAUUGUUUUAUGCUCUAUUAGCCAUGUCUUCAUGUUGCUUUUUAAUGUGAAGAACCCAACUGACAUUCAGGAUUCUUCUAUCAUUAGAACUACUCAGUCUCUCUUUGCAGCCACUCAGGAAACUCUGUUUCCCAUAUUAAAACAUGGCACAUCAUGUGGUUCACCAGUAAGAGUCAUUGUUAAGGACUCAUUCUUCUGCUCUUGUUUGACAGAUAUUCUGCACUUCAUUUAUUCAGGUGCUUUCCAAUGGGACCUAUUGGAAGAGCACAUUAAAAAGAAACUAAAGAAUCCUGGAAAUGUUGAGCUUGUUCUUGACAGAGUAAAAUGUAUCUUGAAAAUUCCAGGAAAGGUUAACAGUUCCCAAACUUAUAGAACUUAUUUUUCAAAAAGACCGCUACAUUUAUGUAACAGCUCUCUCAGACUUUUCUUUAACACAACGAUGUUAGCUGAUGUCAUGUUCAAAAUACAAGGUGCUACAGUACCAGCUCACAAAGCAGUCCUGGUGGCUCGCUGUGAAGUAAUGGCUGCUAUGUUUAGUGGCAACUAUAUUGAAUCAAACAGUUUCUUGGUUCCAGUUUAUGGAAUUUCCAAAGAUACAUUUCUAUCUUUUUUAGAGUACCUAUACACAGACUCCUGUUGUCCAGCCAGCAUUCUGCAAGCCAUGUCACUUUUAAUAUGUGCUGAGAUGUACCAGGUUUCAAGGCUCCAGCACAUCUGUGAACUUUAUAUAAUUACACAACUUCAGAGCAUGCCUAGUAGAGAAUUAACAUCUACAAGUCUGAGUGUUGUCAGCUUGCUUCAGAAAGCAAAGUUUCAUAACUCAGAUUGUCUUUCAAAUUGGCUGCUUCAUUUUAUUGCUUCUAAUUACUUAAUCUUCAGUCAGAAACCUGAGUUUGAAGAUCUUUCAGUGGAAGAACGCAAUUUCAUAGAGAUGCACAGAUGGCCUUCUAGUAUGUACCUGAGACAGCUUGCAGAAUACAGGAACUACAUUCAUUCUCGGAAAUGUCAUUGUCUAAUAAUGUAAAAAAUGAUCUUUAUUUAUGAAUGAUUGAAAGCUGUGCUUCAGAAAUCUUAAAAAUGAAAUUUGAUAUUUAGCUUAAAUAUUGCACUUGCUAAUGAAUAACUACUGUACUGUUUAAAAGCAUGUGAAACAUAUUGUAACAUAUGCAUUUACUA